AUGGAGGACCCCGACACCGGGGAGAAGAUCAUCAGGGUGGAAGCCAACCCCUUUGCAGGACUUGAGAAGUUGAUGAGCGCCCUCGAAGCUACAGUUGGAAAGUCAGCCCUCGACCGCAAAGGAGAGCUCAGAGCGCAAUACUACCAGGAGAUCAAAAGGCAUCCUGGAGAAAGAAUCUCGGCAUUCUGUACGAGAUACAGGACCUUGGCCGCCGAGCUCAAGAGAGAAGGCAUUCAUCUUCACGAAGAAGAGCUUGGAUGGAUGCUCAAAGAGCGCCUGGGAUUAGAUCCCAUCAGAAAGCAGCUCCUGGAGACCGCACUAGCUGGCAAGGAAGCCUACGACCUCGUGGAGACGGAAUGUUUGAGGCUCUUCAGAGAUCUGCACACAGCUGAUCCGCUCCACAAGUCUCGACAACCGGAGAAAGCUCCCUUGCUCCAGCGUUUCUUGCAGUCUCAAACCGGUCCUGCUUCUUCAUAUCGAUCCUCAAGCACCUCAGCGAGCUCUAUGACACCAUCCUCAGUGAGGUCCUUCAGAACUCAAAGCUCCUAUGGUGGUAACAAGCCACCUUUCAGGAAGUUUGGAAACAACCAAGGCCAACCUCCUCAACGCCAAGCAUAUGUGGCAGAGAUGCCAAAUGAAGAAGAGGCCUUGGUGGCUGAAGUUGAUGAAGAAGAAGAAUUGGUUCCCGAUGAUGAUGGCCGAGGACCAACCUCCAUUGAGGAAGUGUUGCAAGCUGAAGCGGAACAACUUGCUUCAGAGCUCCAAGAUCUUGAAGACCAAGGCUGCGAUCCUCAAAUGCUCGAUGAGCUUGAAGCGGGCAUGGAGCAAGCAGCAGAAAGCCUCGUGACGAUGAGAGAGGCAAGAACAAAGAUUCAAGAGGUCAAGAAAGACCGAGGCUAUGGCAAAGCUGGUUCAAUGACGAUGAAGUCAAAGCCUCAUGGAAACCAAGUCCCGAAGCAAAAGGCCAACACCAGAUGCUUCGACUGUGGUGAACCAGGCCAUUGGGCCGGCGAUGCCGGAUGCACCAAACCCGGCAUGGGUCUUGGCAAGCCAAAAGGCAAAGCCAAAGGAAAUCCACCCUCCAUCAAGCAGGUGAGGGUGGCUGAGACCUUGAACACGGAGCAUCUCCCUCCGGAAGAUGAUGCACAUGAAGGCGGAAACGCCAAUGAGGUCAUGAUGGCCACCCAUGACUCGUUGUUUGCACACAGCCUGCAAGAGGCUUUGAAGUCAGAGCACACUCCCACCUUGGCAACCGACAAGCGCUUCGUCGGAGCCCUUGACUCAGCAUGCAACCGAACCUGUGCUGGCAAUGUUUGGCUGUCCUUUUAUUUGCAAGCCUUAGAGAAGGCACCCAAAGCGGUUCGGCAGCUCAUCCAGACGGUGGAAGAAGACGAGCUGUUUCGCUUUGGCAAUGGGGGCACACAGCGCAGCACCAUUCGGUAUCGACUCCCCAUGAUGGUUGGGUCUUCUAUGGUGUUGGUGUGGGUGAGCAUUGUUCCUGUAGCCUCCCUUGGUUUGCUUUUGGGCCGCGAUUUCCUCAGCGGGAUCGGUGCAGUUUUGAGUUUUGGAAGAAGGAAGCUUCGAGCCGACCUCGUGAACGGCGAGAUGAUCGACCUCGGUCAGCUCACAGCAGGUCAUUUCUGCCUCAGCCUGCAGCCAGCAACAUGGCCAUGUCCGGGCCCUCAACGCUGGAGGAAGAUGGGUCAGGAUGGUGUCAUUGAGCUUCAGCUAAAUAGCAUGGAUUGGUGGUCCAAGCAGCUUCGUUUUCGGUUGAGUCAUUUUGAUGGUUUUCAUGCUGCAGUUGCACCACAUGAGCAUUUGAUGACGGAGCAUGGCAUCAAGGCCGCCAUGACCGCUGGGGCUCAAGCUAUGCAGGCUCCCGAGAUCCACGACCUGACAGUCGGCGAGUACGGCAGUCAAGUGCUCCGAUGGCGCCGCCUCAUCCUAAGGCUUCGCGCAAAAGCUCAAUGGCACGCCCAUGGGCAGCUCUUGUGGCUAUUUCCACGGCCGUAUCUGCGCUACGCUCCUUUGCCAUACCCCAGCAUCUCCCACACGCAACAAUGGGAACAGCAGUCGGUCUCCAUGUGGAGGCAAAAGCCAAGAGCCUUGCCUCAACAGCAUCAUCAACGGGCGAUCCAUUUCAAGGCCUUCACGACACAGAACCUCCACGAGCUGUCGCAGUUCAGGAAUCGCCUUGGCCUCGAGUUCGCCUUCAUGGAGGACCACCUGUUGCAGGGCAUGAUGGCCGCCAGGAGUGUCAAGGGCAUGAACCAACAGUUGAAAAGAGAGGCCAUCAAGGAGGCCCAAGCAGAGGCGGCAGAGGUGACCAAAAAGGGCGAGCAGUUGGAAGCAGUGCGCUCCCUCAUCGGGCCUCGUGGCGGUCUUCCCUCUCUCAAGGCCGACCUGGUGAAACUGGCCGCACUGUUCAACAUUCCGGUCGAAGCCAAGAUGACCAACGACGAGUUGAAGAAUCUAUGUCGCCCAAUGGUCAACGAGUUGACGGUCAAGAGUCCAUCAAAGCCCAAGCCUUCAACGUCCCUGAGUUCAACGGAUCAGCGCACCUCAGCCAAGGCUCCAAGCCCUACGGGCGCCUACCAGUCACAAGGCACUCCAAUGCCUACCAAGCCUUCCGAGCCCAGUCUGACAGCGGCCGAGGUACAGCAGCUCCUGGCUCAGCAAGAACAACGUUUUCUUCCAGCGCAUGAUGACUCCUGGAGCAGUUGGCCUACCGCUGAGCGGUCAGAUCCUGGAUACAGCCAUGAUCCAGAGCGCACCCGAAGAACAACACGGCUGGUCCCAGGCAGAGAUCCAAGAGAUGAACCGGGACUACUACCAGCAAGACGCGGAAUGGCGUCUGGCAAAUGGGAUCCCUCCACGGGAUCAGUGAAGCCAGAACUUGCAUCCAACCCUUGGAGGAUCCACCAGGACGUCAAACCUGGACAAGCUCAGUUGAUAGCCCAAGCUUGGAAACGACAUGAGCGCGAUCGCAAGCUGGUCUCGCUGGGCUACAAGGAAGUGAAUGAGAUCUUUCAAGAGGAAUGGAACCACGACCUUGAAAAGUACCAGCAGGAAGUGUUUGUGACCUCCCUCGUUCUCGAUUUUUCCAACAAGCUGUCUGAGGCCAAUGAAGUGCAGUCGAAUGACGUCAAGACUGUGAAUGACCAGGCCCAGUCUGUGAUGCCCAAGGCCCUUGUCUCCGAGGUGUACACCACUACGGAACGGGUGGCCAAGUCAGCGAGAAAGCGAGGCCACAAAGUCGGAUCUUCGCUAUCCUUGGAGUCCGGAUGGGAUUUCACACGGCUGCUUGAUCGUCGAGCUGCAAGAAAGCUCAUCGCCGAGGAAAUGCCCUACUUCCUGAUCCUGGCCUUCCCUUGCACGUUCUGGAGCAUUUUGCUGAACCUGAACCCACCAAAGGACUAUGAAAAGCGCCUCAAAGAAGCCACCACCUUGUUGAGGUUCGCUGUCCAACUUGCAAAAGAUCAACGAGGCCGUGGCCACCACUUUGUCCUUGAGAACCCUCAAAGUUCUCGAGCAUGGACCCUCAAGGAAAUGGUCAGAGCCUUAGAAGAUCUUCAGGCGCGAACGGUGGACUUCCACCAAUGCAGAUUCAAGCUCACCGAUGUUCAUGGCCAGCCUCAUCGAAAGGCUACUCGCAUAGCCACCUCAAGCGACUAUGUCAUUGCGGAGCUCGACGGCGUGAAGUGUCUGGGCGAUCACGACCACGCCCAUGUGAUUGGUGGAACCUCCAUCAGUCGACGAGCGGGACAAUACCCUUGGGCGCUGGCCCUAGCGCUCGUGAGAGGAAUGGAACGACAGUUCGAGUAUGACUUCAAGAAGCCGCACUCCACGUUGGCCAUAGAAGGUGAAAACCUCGAAAAUGAAGAAGAAGCCCCUAUGGAUCUGCAGCCUGACUCUGAUGACAGCGGUUCAGAACCUGGAGGAGAAGUUCAGUUUGAAGAGCCUCACAAAAUCUCCCAAGGUGUCAAACAAGCCUUGAGGAGACUUCAUGAGAAUACCGGCCACCGCUCUCCAAAACGACUAGCCCGAGCAUUACAAGUUGCCGGAGCACCUCCACAAGUGGUUCAUGCGGCACGGCGUUUUCACUGUGCUGUAUGCAAUGAACAAAAAGCUCCAAAAGCUCGGCGCCCAGCAUCGCUGCCAUCGCCAAAAGACACAGGCGAUCAAGUCCAUUUGGACAUCUUUGAGCUCUUUGACAUCGAGGAAAGGCGCUUCUACGUCAUCCAUGCCAUUGACGCCACUUCACGGUUUCAAAUGGCUGAGGCCCUCGAGCACAAGAGCAGUGAAAAUGUGGAGCGAUUCAUGGCGCAAAAGUGGCUGCCAAUCCUGGGACCCCCUCGUGUCAUUGUCGCAGACCAGGGCAAGGAGUUCGUGUCCCAUGCAUUUGAGAGUUUCUGCAGCAAACGCUCCAUCUACUUGCACCACACCGCCAUUCAAGCUCCUUGGCAGAAUGGGAUUUGUGAGAGAGGUGGGGCGGUGCUCAAAGCCCUUGCGAGAUCAAUCAUCAAGGCCCACAGUGUCUUGGGAAAAGAGGAAAUGGAAACGGCUCUUCAAGAAGCCGUGAUGAGCUACAAUGCAGAUGUCACCGAUGCAGGCGUCUCUCCAUGUCAAGCGGCAUUUGGCCGCCAACCACGGAUGCACGGCGACUGCCUUGGAGAUUUCGGUCGUCGACUCGCCGAACACUCCCUCAUCUCAUCCUCUCCGAGUCUUGCCAGACAAGUGGCAAUGCGCGAAACAGCGCGCUUGGCAAUGCUGCGCCUUCAUUUUUCCAGAGGGCUGAGAAAAGCUGAAGUGGCGAGAUCAAGAUCAUCUACGGUGACUUCCAUGCAAGGUUUGGAACCAGGCAGCAUAGUCUAUUUUUACAGACAGUCCAAGUACAACAACAAGACAGCAGCCUCCAAGAAGAAGCUGAGCAGAUGGCACGGACCGGCCUUACUCGUUGCCCUCGAGCCCAACAACGGCUAUGUCAGCUAUCGUGGCCAAUUGUCCAAAUGUGCUCUCGAACACCUUCGGCCGGCCAGCACACUCGAACAAGUGGCAAGCUCAGUUUGGGAGGAUGCAAUUCAAGAAGUGGUGGACGCUGCCUGCCAUGACCAAGAGAUGGUGAAGCCUCAACCCAAGAUAGAACCUCCAAAAGCUGCACCUGCUUCUGCACUUGAGGAAUACGAACCCACGGAGCCUCCUGAAGAUCGAGAACGUGAAGCCGAACCAGAAGACAAUCCUCUCGAUCUUCCUCCAGUACACCCUCAAGAGAUGGUGCGAGCCUUGGAGCCAAGGCCUGAAUCAAGUCAGCCUGCUUGGUCAAGAAUGACGUCAUCGCUGCCUGAGUCAACUGUGGCUCAAUCACCCUUCCCUGAAGCAGUUCGUCAAGCCUGGGCACAACGGAUGCCAAGACAGACCUCACUGGACACCGCCACUGGCAGUGUGAAGAGGCCAGCAGAUGCAGCUCCAGCUGAUGUUGAAGGAGCUGCUAAAAGAAUUGCUCAUGAAGAACCUCCUGCUUCAACUCCAACGCCUACCGAGCCAAGGCCCUCGUCUAUGGCCCACGAUGCUUUGGUUAUGUCUCAUGAAGUCAUGGAAGCAAUGGCCUAUGCUGAAGUGCACCCUCUUCGUCAAAUCCAGGCUCAAGCAAUCCUGGACCAUCACAAUCCGAUGGAAGCCAAAGUUCCAGACCACGGAACAUGGAGAGGAAACUGGCCUAUGCCCUCGAGGACUGAGUUCAAACGUCGCCAAGAACUACGACAACUCUGGCCGCUCGGCAAUGAAGACGCCUCCAGAGAAGUCCUCGCAGUCCUCACCGCUCGCAAAGAGCGACCUUGGACCUCCAUGACUGAAGAUGAGAAGGGUGAGUUCAGAAAAGCCGCAGCGAAAGGAUGGUCAGUCUGGACCGACAAUGAUGCAGUCGAGAUUUUGCCGGACGAAGAGGCCGCAAGAAUCAGAACGCGGUUGAAAGCUGAAGGUCAAAGCCAUCGCAUCCUCGUUCCAAGAUUUGUCUAUGUGGACAAGAACGAUGGCCUGAGGACACAGCAGAAUCAGCUUCCGCUGCUGGCAAAUGCUCGCCUGGUCGUACCUGGCUAUGCAGAUGUUGAGGCCUAUGGCAUCAGGAAAGGAGUCUUCGGCCUUGCUGACAGCCCUCGUCGAUGGUACAAAAGGCUGAACAAGGCAUCGGUGGCGCGAAACAGCACGAGCGAACAGCUCUUAGGUGAGGAGUUGGACUUUGAAGCUUUGGAGGAGCAGGUGCAGAUCUGUCUCUUGGGUCUGGUACAAGGGCUGGAGGCCUGUAAUUCGCGCCUGGAGAGACUUUAUGUGGACUUUGAUUGCUUGGAUGAUGGUGCAGCCGAAGGCCUCUUUGGCUCGGAGGGGAUGCUGAAAGAGGAUUUGCAGGAGAUCCAGGAGGCACAAGCUGAUUGCGUUGAGCUGCAAAAGCGCACGGGUGGCUGGCAAAGGUGUUCUCGGCGCGCCUCCAGCCACGUCAUGGGCCUCGAAGCUUUGGCGGACUUCCUGGGUGAGGCGGUGCCGGAGAUGGAUCGCCUCGUGGCGCUGUGUGGCGACUUCGCCGCGCGGCGCCGGGCCGCGGUGGCGCGCGCCAAGGUGCGGAACGGCGGAGGGCGGAGAGAACGGAGCGGACGUGAACGUGCUGUGGGAGAACAGGUCGAGAGAUGA